AUGACCAGACUCUGGGGGUCCUGCCUGCUCCUGCUAACCAUCCCGGUGGUCCUGGUGGAUAGCACAUUCCUAUACAAGAACACAGGCAAGGUGUUGAGGGAAUUAAGGGCCAUCAGCACCUCAAGUGGCAAUGUGAAGCAGUGUCUGUGGUUCGCCAUGCAGGAAUACAACAAGGAGAGCAAGGACAAAUGCCUCUUCCAGGUGGUCAAGGUGCUGCAGGUCCAGCUGCAGGCCACAGAUCGUCUGGAAUACUUUAUUGAUGCUGUAAUUGCCCGCACCAACUGCAGAAAGCUUCCAAACGGUAAUGAAAACUGCAUGGUUAAUGAAAACGUCAAACUGGAAAAGAGACGAAUGUGCACCUUUCUGGUGGGCGCACUCCCGUGGCACGGUGAUUUCACCGUGAUGAAGAAGAAGUGUGUGGAUGCCUAG